AUGCCUGUCGCUGUAUCCAUGCACGCAUGCUCGGCGUGGCCGGUGAGCAUCGACUUCGUUGCCUUCCGCUUUUUCUUGGCGGGGUACUCAGUUGAGGAGACGGUGGAGCAGCUCAUGGCGCUGCGGAGCGAAACGCCAGCGACGUCCCCGCAUCGGAGCACGUCCUCUGCGUCGCCUUCUUCUUCAAGGUCAUCGGACGUGGGCAAAGCAUCGCACGCGGGAUCGGCGUCGUCUUCGCAAUCCGCCGCCCACCCCAUGGCGCACCGUCACGAUCGAAAGCAACAGCGGACACCUCAGCAACGCCAGGAUUCGCUGUACGCGAUGCACAAGGCACAACAGCAGGCCGAGGACAGGCGCCUUGAGGUCGAAGAUGAGAAUCCGCAGGAGAUUGCCGUGGUCACCGCGGCGGCAGCUCUGCCCCGCAAGACCUCAAUAAGCGGCUCCGCGAGCGGCGCACACGUCCCGACCACCGCCGCAGCGCCAAGCACCACGACCGUGGUGGAUAACAGCAACACCAACGCAUCUGCUUCAUUAUCCACGACAGUCGCCGUGUCGGCGUCCUCCGCGGCUUUCCGCCCUGUCCCAAGUGGCGCCCACACACGCCAUCAUCGCCAUCGUCAUCAUCACCACCAGUGUCUGGACAAGUCGCCCGGCGGUUCCGAACGCAAAAAGUCGUGUCAUUCAGCGCCACACUCAUCCCGCUCGCGCACAGCCACCACGUCGUCAAGGACGGCCACGCACACCUCGUUUGCGCUGCCGUCGACGCUGAAUAACGCGGACAGCGAUGCAUCGCCGCUCUCUGUCGACCUCAGUAAUUUCAGGCGUUUCACCGAUGACGCAACCGUCGCUGCCACUGCAGCGGCCGCCCCCAGUGAUGCCGGCGGCGGUAGUGGAGCGCGGGCAGGCGGGGCGAGCAGCAGCCACCACCUUCACCAUGUCAACUUUGGUGAUACGAAGGCCUCCUCAUCUUUGCCGCAGCGCCGCGAGAAGCAUCGCAAGGACAGUGCAGGGCGGCACUGCUUCUUCUUGAGCGAGAGCUACAUGAAGUUUCAGCGGCAGCUACAGGAGUUCGAGGCGAUUGGCGGGGUCGGCGUCGGCUCCUCCUCCCUGCAGAGUCGCUACCUGUUCGAAGAAGUGACGGAGCAGUAUCAGGUGUUUCGCGAGCUGUCCCGCGAGGAGCAGCUCGGCUCCCCGUACGCGUUUCUCUCGAACUAUUAUAUCCCCAUACCUGUGGCAACGCGUCUGCAGCUGCUGCAACUGUACUACGAGACGGACGCGGGCGUCUUUCGCUGGGCCUUCGGCGACAAGCUAAGUCGUUUCGACCUGCCAGCGGCGCUGAGUGCAGCGCGCGAAGAGAAAGUGAGUGGAACGCUGUCGGCGGGCUUUGGGGGUGUGGCAGGACUUGGCAGCGGUGGUGGUAGCAGCAGCGGCGCAGCGGACGGAGGCGUCACCGCCGCGUCCUUCUGGACCAGCCGGUGGAAAGGCUCCCCCGGUAAGCUUGCAGCGAUGGACGCGGCGACGGUGACGCGGCUGAGUGAGCAGCACGUCGACGCUCUUCGCCGCCAGUGGGAGAAUGUCAAGCACGUCUGCGUCACCGUCGCAGCCCUCUAUCGCGGCAAAGGCAGCAUGUGCGUCCCCCUUGAUAUGCCGCUCCUGACCACCAUCCAGCAGUGCUUCGGGCUACGCCAUCAGCAGGCUCUAGAUUAUGCCACGGCUGCCUUCGGCUUCGAACACCGUCUCGAGACGCGCCUCUUCGAGCACUUGCACAACUUCAACGAGUACGGCGUGAUUUGCUCCGUCGUGGCGUCUUUGUGGUGUGACUGUUCCGGGUAUUUCCUAAGCGGAUCGUUCCGCGACGGGUGCCGCCGACUUGGCCGCCUGCUGGACGAGUAUCGAAUUCUGUCGGAGCUGCACUUGAUCGUGUUUGGCGAAACAAUGCGUCCGCGGUGGCAGGUGCAGCUAGACGAGGUGCAGCGCGUCAUCACAACAUCUUCGCAUGUUGACAAAAACGCAAUGGCCUCAGCAACGGCGGCGGUGACUGCCACAAGCCCAGUCACACCCAGCGUCAGCGGUGGUGGAGGGGGCAUCGCAACGCCAACGACAAUGUCAGCUGGCAUGUUGCCUAGCUUUUCGAGCGGCGCCGCUGGAGCGGGCGGCAACGGACACUCGGGCGGCGCGACUGGUGGGGCCGCGGCUGACGCGGGCAACGCGAGCGCUUACACCUCACCAGUAUUCCCGACUACAGGCGGGGCGUUCAGCACGAACAACGUGCACUCGCCGUUCAGCGGCAACGGGCAGUACAGCCGCCCUUUUUUGAUGGAGUUCCCAUCCCUGAUGAAGCACCUUUUGCGCGUCUGCGUGGCUCUCAGUAGCAACGGUGGCGUCAACGAUGGCCUGGACAUCUUUUUCACUCGCAUCUACUCCUACUUGGAGCUUCUGAGCUCAAGAACUGCGCCAGCCAUCGUGUCGCGCAUGAUGAACGCUGCUGCAUCAGGCGCAUCAACCAUGACCGGCGCCGCUGCUGUUGUUGGGACCGGAGGACUUGCCAGCACCCUAUCUGGCCAGCUUGGUGGGUCGGUGGGCGGUGGUGGCGCUGCGCCCAGUAUCGGCGCGUCCGUAGCGCCGUCUGGCCGACCGCCGCUGCCGCUGUACGGUGAACGCGUACAGAGCGACGGAGACUUGAGCUGCACCACGGCUGACAGCGGAAGUGCGAUGGCGCCAGCUGCCGCCUCGACGCCGCUGCAUCAAGGCUCAUCCUCGUCGCUAGCACCUUUGACGCGCGGUGGCACGAACCUCGGCAGACCGCUCCGGUCAGGCCUCCCUCGUGCGUCGUCUUCUGGACAUCUUCCCCGUCAAGCCUCCGGCAGAGGCGGCGGCAAUGCGGUCGCGAUGUCGCUGCUGACAGGCGCCAGCGCCACCAACCUUCGCACCGGUGUAGGAGGCAGCGGUGGCGUUGAUGAAGGUAUGGCCGCGAGCGCGCCGUUCUCCUACGCGGUAUCUACUGUGGUAAACACCUCUUUGCUUCAGCCUGCCAGCAUUCUGCUGCCCUUGACAGCGGCCAUCGCUGCUCAUAACAGCCCCGCAAGCGGAGGCGUUGCCUCGUCGCCGCUGCAGUCUGCGCUGGGAAGUCGUGGUUGCGCGUCCGAGGACGAGCCCACCGACGGAGACGCAGACGCAGGAAGCGGACACGGUGAGGGUGCGGCUCGGCCCACGGCGGGUGGGUCUUCGCCGAAUAGCAGCGGCGCUCUUUCUCCAUUGACAGCGCAGCCCCUGCCUGCCUCGACGUCGUCCUUGCCGUCCCAGGUAAGUGGCAUGGUGCUGAAAGUGAUUGACAAGCGGUAUCUGCGCGAACUAUGCAUGUUGCUCACAGCCCUUCCCUGUGCGUGGCGCCAGCUGACAGUGCUGACGAGGGACGACCACAUGGCGACCGACAAGUCUGUAAGCGAUAUGAUGAUGGCACUGAAAGCAAUCACGCAGGUGCUCAUGGCAUCGGACGACUUUGAUUAG